CCCAGCAGCGACAAUGGAGACACAGGCUCAGAAGCACAGCCUGAUAGACAAAUGCAAAUUAAAGAAUAGAUGGAUCAAAGAAGGGCUCGCCGAAUUUCUGGGAACAUUUAUACUGAUUCUAUUUGGUUGUGGUUCACUUGCCCAAUCAAUACUGAGCAGAGGAGUAAAUGGCAACAUGCUGACAGUUGCCAUUGGCUUUCCAUUUGGAAUCACCAUAGCUGUUUAUGCUACCAUAGGAGUAUCAGGAGCACAUCUGAAUCCUGCUAUUUCCCUUUCUAUGUGUGUUCUUGGACGGCUUCAGUGGUUGAAACUGCCAGUCUACUGCUUUUCUCAGCUUGUCGGGGCUUUUAUUGGCUCAGCAGCCGUUUUUGGACUUUACUAUGAUGCGUUCAUGGCUUUUGAUGGUGGGAACUUGGCAAUAACUGGUCAAAAUGCAACAGCACAAAUUUUCUCCUCUUAUCCAGCUCCGCAUUUGUCUUUUGCAAAUGGCUUUGUAGACCAGAUGGUGGGUACUGCUGCUCUACUCUUCUCCAUUCUGGCUAUUUUGGACUCUAAGAAUGAUUGCGUCCCCAAAGGUUUGGAGCCAGUGGUGAUUGGCCUCAUCAUCAUGGUCAUUGGUCUUUCGAUGGGGUUCAACUGUGGUGGCCCCAUCAAUCCAGCGCGUGAUCUUGGACCACGACUCUUCACAGCUGUGGCUGGAUGGGGAUUUGAGGUUUUCACAGCUGGUGAUGGAUGGUGGUGGGUCCCUAUCAUCGCACCACUGAUUGGAGGAGUUCUCGGGACUGCCAUUUAUGUUCUGAUAAUUGAGCUUCACCACAAGGAGACAGCCCCAAAGGAGAACCACUGUACCUCAGAACAACAGAUGGAGGGGAAGGCAAAAUAUGAAAUGACUUCAAUACAGUGCAACAAAUAAUGCUGACGAUUGAGUGAAGAGGCAGCUUCUAUGGUCAGGAUUUGGGUCUGUGAAGAGAAUAUGAAUUAAUUUCAUAAAGUGUUUCUUUAUUCUCCUGACAAAUGCAUUCUGGGAACAUGAUUCUUAUUUUAUUGAUAGGGGACAGAGUCAUCAAUUACACAAGUUAUUAUACAAGCAAGCCAAUAUUAUGUAGUGAUAUUUUGAGAGGCUAUUUGGCACCCAAAUAGAGACCAGUCAGAACUGAGACUAGUGCAAUAUUCACUGAGGAAAACCUGGCAAUUCAUGAGUCACAAAAUCACAAUUAAUUUUGAGAGAAUCCUUGUUGGGAGCAGGUUGAUGUAACUCACAACCAUAAAAAAACUCACAGAUGUGAAUGAGUUAUGCCAGUUGAUUUUUGAAUCUAUUUGUUAAAGCACUUUGUCCUCCUGUGUAAUCUGCUAUUUCACACAUAAGCAUUUAUUUAUAGUUGCCGGAUACUACAGAACUUGAAUAUUGCUGAAAGGAGCGCCAUAAUCGGUGAAAUUUUUUGUCUUGCACUCGUCAGGACAAACAUAAGAACACCAAAUUCCAAACUAUUACAAUUUUUGAUCACUUCGAAUUUGGUAUUCUUGCACUUGUCCUGAUGAGUGCAGACAAAAAUACUUCACCACCAUGUCUCUCUUUAGUAAUAUUUAUUUAUAUAUCUGACUUUCACAUAGAAUUGUGUUGCAACAGUGAUUAACACUAAUCUGGAAGCUGCAAUCACACUGCACAAAGGAAUGACAUGCCAACUAAACCAUAAAUAUUUGUGGAAUAAAGCAAACUGUGUAUUCAAAAGAUGCAUUCACAUUCAUCAACAGUAUUAUUGCUGCAUUUUAUGUUUAUAUAAAUCUCAUUGAAAACACAUACAUUUGUGUUUAGUAUUUUUACUUCCACAGGCCCACAUUGAAGUGCUUCUUUACGUGUUGCUUCACAGAAUAACAAAUACAUGUACUUGAAUAAAUUUUAUAUCGAUUAUUA